AGGAGAUCCAGCCCUUCAACACGCUGCUCUCUUACGUCCCGUCCGUGAGCAGUGAGCUGGCCGCGGCGGAGAUUUCUCCUUCUGCCCGGAUCUUAUCUUUUCUCCAACUGAGCUCUAUCUAGUGUUUUACGCGCUUGACAUACAUCGGAGUAGUAAAGUCGGCGCGUAGGUGCUCAGUCGCCCGCAAAUCUUUUUGUCCUUGCGCGGCGCCUCCGUGGCAAUGGAUUGAUUUCUGUGUUUUUUCUCCGACCUCUGCCUCGACCAAGUUGAGAAAACAGUCUCUCUAACCUGCGGCUUUCUCUUCCCAGCUACAUGUUUCAUCCGGCCAGUUUUAAAAGUACCUGGCUCCGGAUGUUUCUGCACAUUUUAGGACUUUGAACUUUUUUUCCGCUUGUGCAUUUCCAGGAGGUGGCCGGGGAUUUUAAGGAUUUCUUUUUCUAAAAGCUUCUCCGGGGUUCCUGAAGCCUGCAAAGAUUUAUUUGUGAAAAGUGAUGGCCGAGCGGGGAGCUCUGUCGCUCCUCUCUCUCCUCUGUCUCACCUUUCUCUACACGGAGACCACCGCGGCAAAGCAUGUCGACAAAGGUUCAGCAGCACAGCCCUUCAGCCCCUUCUGGUUCACAGUGGAGCCCCAGGACACACUGGCCAUUCGGGGCAACUCGGCACUGCUCAACUGCUCAGCCCACAGCGACUCAGCUACGCCGGCGCGCAUAGAGUGGAAGAAAGACGGCACCUUCAUGAGCCUGGUUUCAGACGAGAGACGAAACAUACUUCCCGAUGGCUCGCUGUUCUUCACCCACGUGGUCCACUCCAAGCACAAUAAGCCUGACGAGGGCACCUAUCAAUGCGUCGCCACUAUCGACAACCUAGGCUCCAUUUCCAGCCAGACAGCCCGUCUCUCCGUAGCAGGGAUGCCAAGGUUUGCCAGCCAGCCAUCGCCGGCCACUGUGCAUCUAGGGAGCAGCGAGGUGAUGGCAUGUGAGGUCAACUCCGAUCUGGUGCCCUUCACCAGAUGGGAGAAAGACCGCCUGCCGCUGGAGCUGAGCACCAGGCUAGUCCAACUGCCCAGCGGAGCCCUGGUGAUCAGCAACACCUCUGAAGCAGACGCCGGCCUUUACCGCUGCAUGGUGGAAAAUGUGGGCUCGUCCAAGUCCAGCGACGAGGCCCAGCUCCAGAUACUGCCAGAAACCGGAGAGGAGAGGAAGGUGGAGUUCCUGGUGCAGCCUGCAGCUGUGACCAAGACGGUGGGCGACAGCGUGCUGCUGCCCUGCGUGGUCACUGGUUUCCCUGCACCCCAAGUCCGUUGGAUGUUUGGAGACAAGCUGCUAGAAGAAAGUGAGGGUCGUGUGGAGCUGCUGGGAGGAGGCAGUGUCCAGAUCUACAAUCUCACAGAGGAGGAUGGCGGCAUCUACACCUGCAUGGCGGAAAACGCUAACACAACCAUUGAAGCUCAGGCCCAACUCACCAUACAAGUUCCUCCCCAGUUUGUGAAGCGGCCGGACAACAUUUACGCCUAUGAGUCCAUGGACAUCGUCUUCGAGUGCGAGGUUUCCGGAUCACCAGCUCCCACUGUCAAAUGGGUCAAGAAUGGAGAUGCUGUCAUCCCAAGUGACUACUUCAAAAUCAUUAAGGAGCACAACCUGCAGGUUCUGGGUCUGGUCAAGUCAGAUGAGGGUUUUUAUCAGUGCCUUGCAGAGAACGAUGCAGGCAACAUCCAGUCCAGCGCCCAGCUCAUCAUCUUAGAUCACGAUGUUGCCCUGCCCUCUUUCCCUCCCCCCUCACUGACUCCUAACACUACUGACCAUGUAACGCCAGGCUCCGGAGGUGUAGCCAGUCCAGCGGGGCCCACCCCCUCCGCCCCCCGAGACGUUGUGGCUUCACUGGUGUCCACCCGCUUCAUCAAGUUGACCUGGCGCCCGCCAGCCGAACCCCACGGAGACGAGUUAACCUACUCUGUUUUCUACAGCCAGGAGGGCACUAGCAGGGAGCGAGUAGUGAAUACCAGCCGUCCAGGGGAGAUGCAGGUCACCAUCCAGAACCUCAUGCCAGACACCAAAUAUCGCUUCAGGGUUGUGGCCCACAACAGCAACGGCCAGGGAGAGAGCUCUGCAGCGCUCAAAGUGGCCACCCAGGCUGAAGUCCAAGUGCCUGGCCCGGCUCCUAACCUGCAGGCGGUUUCCAACGCACCAACCUCCGUCUCUCUGAGCUGGGACAAGCCGCUCACUGGCAACGGAGAGAUGCUCACCUACAAGGUGUACUACACAGACAAAAGCUUUGGCACCGAGCAGGACAUUGACGUAGACCUUCAGUCCUACACCAUGACAGGUCUGAAGAAGAACACAGAGUACAGUUUCCGCGUGGUGGCCAACAACAAGCACGGUCCAGGCGUCUCCACUGACGACGUCGUUGUUCGCACCUUGUCUGACGUACCAAGUGCUCCUCCCCAAAACCUCACCCUGGAGGUCCAGAACUCAAAGAGCAUCAUGAUUCGGUGGCAGCCCCCACCCCUGAGCGGCCAGAAUGGGGAGAUCACCGGGUACAAGAUCAGAUACCGGAAAGGAUCCCGGAGGAGUGAAGCAGCAGAGACCACUGGAGGCACCCAGCUUUCCAAGCUUAUCGACGGUCUGGAGCGUGGCACGGAGUACUCCUUCCGAGUGUCGGCCAUGACGGUGAACGGCACGGGACCGGCCACAGAGUGGACCACAGCAGAGACGUUUGAGAGCGACCUGGAUGAAUCACGUGUACCCGACCAGCCGAGCUCUCUUCACGUCCGGCCGCUGGUCAACAGCAUCGUGGUGAGCUGGACGCCGCCAGAGAACCAGGACAUCGUGGUGCGAGGUUACACAAUCGGCUACGGCAUCGGCAGCCCUCACGCUCAGACCAUCAAAGUGGACUACAAGCAGCGCUACUACACCAUCGAGAACCUUGAUGCCAGCUCCCACUACGUGAUCACACUGAAGGCCUUCAACAACGUGGGUGAGGGGAUCCCUGUGUAUGAGAGCGCCAUCACCAGACCACAGUCAGAUCCCAUAGACCCCGAUGUUGACCUGUACGAACUCUUCCAUGCCCCAUACACCCCAGUACCAGACCCCUCUCCCAUGAUGCCACCCGUGGGCGUUCAGGCCUCCGUGCUGAGCCACGACACCAUCAAGGUGACCUGGGCCGACAACUCGCUGCCUAAAAACCAAAAGAUCACGGAUAACCGAUUCUACACCGUUCGCUGGAAGACCAACAUCCCUGCAAACACGAAAGUCAAGAUGGCCAACACUACCAGCCUGAACCACAUGGUGACGGGUCUGAAGCCCAACACGCUGUACGAGUUCUCCGUCAUGGUGACCAAAGGCCGCCGUACCAGCACUUGGAGCAUGACUGCACAGGGCACCACCUUUGAGACCAUUCCCAGCUCCUCCCCGAAAGACGUGACCGUGGUGAGCAAAGAGAACAAACCUCGCACCAUAAUUGUCAACUGGCAGCCUCCUUCUGAAGCCAACGGAAAGAUCACUGGUUACAUCAUCUACUACAGUACAGAUGUAAACGCUGAGGUCCACGACUGGGUUAUUGAACCGGUGGUGGGCAACCGCCUGACCCACCAGAUCCAGGAGCUGACUCUGGACACCACCUACUACUUCAAGAUCCAGGCCCGAAACUCAAAGGGCAUGGGCCCCAUGUCUGAGGCCGUACACUUCCGCACCCCAAAGACUGAGUCCUCUGACAAAAUGGCUAAUGACCAAGCCUCAAAUCUUCCACCGAAGCCGGGCCCUCCAGGCAAUCACCAUCCCCAGGACCCUGGAACUGCAGUUGGUAAAUCAGGGGUGGGAGGCAGUGAAGGUCACAUCCUGGUUAUUGUCAUCAUCAUCUCAGUGGGAGCGUUCACCAUCAUCGUGGUGGUGGUCGGAGCCUUCCUGUGCACACGGCGAACCACGUCCCACCAGAAAAAAAAACGAGCCGCCUCAAAGUCCUCAAAUGGCUCCCACAAAUACAAGGGAAACUCCAAAGACCUGAAGCCACCUGAUCUUUGGAUUCACCACGAGAGGCUGGAACUCAAACCCAUGGACAAAUCUCCGGAUCCCAACCCCGUCAUGACCGAGACGCCCAUCCCCCGCACCUCGCAGGACAUCACACCGGCUGAUAGCGGCCUGGAUAGCAACCCCCACCUGCAGCAGCGGCGCAACUCCUACCGCGGCCACGAGUCAGAGGACAGCAUGUCAACACUAGCAGGCCGACGAGGGAUGAGGCCUAAAAUGAUGAUGCCUUUUGACGCGCAGCCGCCUCAGCCUGUGAUUAGUGCUCAUCCCAUCCAUUCCCUCGAUAACCAUCACCACCAUUAUCACAUGGGCAGCCUGGCGUCGCCAACACGCAGCUACCUCUACCACCAGGGCAGCGGGCACCCACGCCCGCACGCCUGUGCCACCCCCAUCUCCCAUCUAGACAGGGUGGACUCUGCAGAGUCGGUGAGGAACACCCCAAGUUCGGAGCCCCUCCCUCCAGCCACCGCCUCCUCCCAGGCCUCCUGCCCCUCGGAGAUCAUGGCCGACCCCGAGGGCAGCUACCACGGCUCCUCCACCACAGAAGAAGAGCCCAGCUACUCCAGCAACCUGCCCCCCCACCGCUCGGCCCACCCGCACGCCCACGCCCACCCGCUCAAGAGCUUCGCCGUACCUGCGAUCCCCGCCACCGGCCAUCCAACGUACGAGUCGCCUGCCCUGCCCAGCACGCCGCUGCUCGCUCAGACCGGGCCUCCCACUCACCCACACGUUGUUAAAACAGCCUCUAUUGGAACACUAGGAAGGACACGAACACCGAUGGUCGUCACUGUGCCCAACGCCCCUGAUGUGCCGGAGACCAGCAAGAUGCUGGAAGACGUAGACAGCGUGCUUGCCUCCCUCCCCCCCUGCCCCUCCCCCGCCCCUCGCAGUAACCCUGUUCCUCUCCCUCAGAGCUACGAGCCGGACGAGCUGACCGAGGAGAUGGCCCACCUCGAGGGCCUCAUGAAGGACCUGAACGCCAUCACCACAGCGCCAUGAGCAUGCACACACACCUGCACACACACUUUCUCUGUCAUCCACACGUACACGCAGAAAGACACACACUCUAAAGUCAAACACACCCAAAAAUGAACCAUGGGAGCCAGAAGCUGGUGGACACUAAAUGGCUUCUUGUGCCCAAGAAAACUCUCACAUCCCCCUGCAGAGAAAACAAAAAAAACAAACAAACUCCAGACUGAAACUUAGGAACUUUUUUCGGCUUACCUUGCUCAGUCUCAGGAAGGAGAUUGCCAUGAGAGGGAAGAAAAAGUGACGCGCUUCAUCUUUUUAAUGAAGAACCAUUCUCAGAGACAAUGAACUUUAAAACAUUGGUCGCUUUCAACCGGAAGAUUGUGAAUUUUUUCCUCAGCAAAAACACGUACGGUAGGUUUUUUCUUUCUCGCUGGCGAAACGUUCGCUCGAGAAGACGGUUGAUUCAAUGUCAAGUCAAAAGGAGAAAGUCCAAAAAUAUGCUGGUUUUGAUGUUGGUGCUCAUGCGGCGCAGUCUACACACAGUGUUUGUUUGAUUCGUGUUUUCUUUGUGCAUUUUGUAUAUCUAUUGGGCCGUUUCAGUGAAGUGAACAUUGGAUAUCAGCCCCUCCCCCCUUUACAAGCCGACAUAUUUCAUGGUCAUUUUUUUCUGUUUUACCCCUUUGUGUCAUAUAUUGUGCCAUGACUUUUUAUUAUUUUCUAUGUUAUUGUAUUAUUUUUUUACACACAUAUCCUUAUAAAACAUGUACAUACAGUAUGUUGUGUUUUUUUUUUUAACUGCCUCAUUCUUUUGAUGUUUCCCGUUGUUUCAUUGUUAUUAUUUGGGAUGAAAGUGGGAUUAACGAGUCCUGAAGCUCAGUUUUUCAUAUCAAAAGGGGAGAGAAGCCCGGUGUGUUUUACAGUACAUUCUUCUCCGGCAUUGUGUCGCCCCCCUUUGUACAUUAAAACGUCUUCUUUCUCAGUCUGUUUGUUUGUCGUGGGAGCUCCGUUUUAAAAGCCUUACCAACGUGUUUGUAUGUUGGACAGUCAAGACGUCUCGGCUCUCUGCUGUCACUCUGUGGGGGACUUGACAGCAUCUCCUCACAGGUCAGGGGUACCGAGGACUCAGGGCGCUGCUGACCCCCACCCCUACUAAAAAUUAAAAAAAAAUCACAUGGCACCCAAUCAAUCAAUCAAUCACCUGCAACAGACGAGUCAUCUUUUAUAUGAGAAGUUCAAUUGAAUGUGUGUGUCGUUUCCAAAAGCCAAUAUUUGGUUUCUGCUGAACCACGUGUGCAUUUUCCCACAGCAGCAGCAGCAGCAGAGUGUUUGCAGUUUUUAUUUGUUUCCUGCUGUUCGUCAUCGAAACGCCCCCCCGGCUCUUUUACAAAUCUUUAAAAAAAGAUGCAAAGAUGUUGGCCUUUUGAAUGGGACUCCCAGAUUUUUUUUUACAUGGUAGUUUUUGUAUGAAGAAAAAAAAAGAAAAAGAAGCUUGUUCUAUACACAAAUCCAAUGUAAAAAAAAAGGAAAAAAAAUCAUCUAAGAAACUAGUUUUUCAUUACCCUCUUACCCAAAGAAAAUUUGUCAUUUGCAAUCAUAGUAAUUUGCUCUACUUUUGUGAAUACCAUGUUUCUCAUAAAUGUACAUCAUGUCAUGAAUGUCAAUAUAACUGUAAGAGAUUUUAACUAUGGAUACAAACAAGGAACACGUUUUGGGGAAAACAUGAAAACAAAGGGGGGAGAAAAAGGACCGGACUCCAUUUGGGAAAUAAUCUAUUGAGUUGUAAACAGUUGAACCUGUAUUGCACUUUUUCACAAUUUUUGAAAAGUACAUUUCUUACAUAUCUUGUGUUUUAAAUAUCAAAAGCUGUUUGUGUAACGUAGUGUCCUAGGUAAGCAGCAGGCAGCUGGUCUUGUUUUUUAUGUUUUUGUUUUAUUUUUUUGUUUUGUUUUUUGCUUCAGAGAUGAUAUGAAUUUGAGCAGCCGAGUUGUUCGCUCCGCAGCUCAUGAUGGGGAAUUCUGUUGUUGCUUGUUCAUGUACAGAGCUUUCUUUGCUUUCUGUAGAAAAAAAAUCUGUGGCUUUUUAAAAAAUGUUCAAAAAAGGUUUGGAAAAAAAAGAUGUUUUUUUAUUGGUGCUCCUAUACAUUGUGUAUACAAACUAUUAUGAAUACUAACAAAGUAAAUGUU